AAAGGUUUGAAGCGAAAUGCUUUCAGGGUCUUGUCAGAACAGCACUGAAAAUCCCGACGGUGAUAAUGCCAGCGCUGCACAGAUGCCCCAGAAAUAAAUAAGCGCUAGCGUUUAGGCACUGACAACAAGCAUUCCCUGGUGUUUCCUUUGCUUGGCAAGCCACCAAGCCUUCCUGACAUCGUUUAAUUUGUGGGGCCUCAUCCGGGCAAUUUUUAGAACACGCCUUCUUCGCCGACGACAACCGACUCAUCUUGAACUCGAAGAACAGCAAAACGGUGAGAUGAACUCUGUCUUUCCACGAACUCUUUGUUACUGGUCCUUAUCCAUCGUUGCUGUUCCGAAGAACAAGCAAAUUGCUCGGUUACUGAGGCGACCCAACACUGACCCUUUGACGAGAUCUCUACUUUCUGAGUCGAUAAUUCCAGACAGCACCUGCAAUGCUGAGCGAUGGGAUGACAGAUACCCAGCACGAGAGACAUGGAACUCAGCUGGCGCAUGAUACAGCAGCUGGCUGUCGGGCCGUUGGAAUUUCCAUCGUCGAGUUUAAGCUUAUAAGAUGCAGAACUGGAGGAUAGGGUAACAUUAAACCAAGGGCGUGUAGCCCAGUGGUAAAGCAUCUCAGUCGCAAAAAGUUCGUUGCCUCGAAGCUGUUACAAGACAGGUGAAAGGGUUCCAAUGCACAAGUAUGCUCCAUGAGAAGAUCCCAAGUUCGAAUCCUGGUACGUCCAGUUCUUUUUGCGUUUUUUUCUCUUUUUCUUUUUUUCUUUGCUCGAAAGCUUCGUCAGUUGUUUGCCGGGGUAGAUGACAGCUGGUUGUCUGUUGGGAAACAACAGGCCUUGGUUGGCAAGGUGGGGGUUUCCGUCAUGACAUGGGAAGUCGGCUGUCAACAGUAAUUGCCACGGUACCCUCAAUCCAGUCUGGCCACACGAGGCGCCGGUGAAACGGCGCGGAAGAGGGCAUCUCAUGACGGCCAGCCCGCCUGCCAGAUCAAAGACUACGGAUCACCAUGAACCAUCUGCAACACCUUGCCUGGAUGUCCCACGUCAUCUUUCCCACGUGGGAAGUCUAGACGUACUCCUUCUACCGGAGAACCUUUCGGAUGCCGACGAGGCUUCGGUUGCAACAUGUGAAUUGGAGAUCGCUGAGGCUCGAUCGAUAUCAAGUAGUGAUGACGAGACCCAACACACAGUGACCGGGAACAGUCUCACGCAUACCCCAGAUAUAGAACUGCAAGUCAAUCUUACAGGGUCUGAGAAGGAUAACAGCUGUGAGAGCAUUGAGGCCUGUUCUCCAGUGCAAGUGUGUGAAGAAGAUAUUGAGCUACAGGAUUUCACAGGGCCACAUAGUGGAACCGGGAGCACAGAUCACCUUACUGCACCCCCAGAUCUACCAGCGCCUGCGAUCUCUCCCCUUGAUGCGCAGCAUCAAAGCCCUUCUGCCUCUAGUCCUGAUGGCCAGUCACAACCCGAGAGAUCUCUCCCCAACUACAAGCCAACCGCUUUGACAUGGCCAUUUCAGGUCUUCAUCCUGGCCACUGUUAUUGGCAUGUUUGCGUUUCUGGAAUAUCAAAUCCACGACCUACCACCCCUCCGCUACAAGACUCUUCAAAUGGGUCAGCAAGAAAUUGCUGACUCAAGAGAUGCCCUGCUCACCACAAGCACGGUUGUCUUCUCCUCACUCAAUACACUGUCUGUCGAAGCCAGACCACUUCCUCGAAGCCCAUUGGUGGCACCUACUCCCGCCACUCUAGUCAGACUGGAGCCAACUGUCGACGCCCCUGACAGUCCUGAGCCAACCCCGAAACUAAGGAUAAUGGUCCCGAGACCUGACAAGACCCUUUAUCCUUCCCCUCAGCCGCCCGUGACUGCGUUCGGUGGCUGGGGUCGUCCGUAUUGGAACAUGUCCGAGUAUCAAUACUAUAACCUUUGGGACACCGUCGUUCUCUCCCAGUGGUAUGUAGCCCUGGAAGAAUUGAUCCCAGUGUUCAUCACCACGGACCCUUCUUGGUGUCCAUGCACGGUGAGUGCUGGGUACGAAGGAAACUGGCCCUGGGCCUGGCCCGACUUGCCAAUGUGGGACACCCACGACGAAGGCUGCAAGUCGGUGAUGAAUGCUAUUUGCUCGUUCAACUAUUACAAAGUCCACACUUGGACUCCAAAAGGGCCGGUAUCAAUUUCGGACCGAUCUGAACCUGGUCUCCAGCAGAAAGGAGAGAGGCAUGUAUGGAAUUGCCUUUCACACCGUGCCUUGGAUCCUAUGACAACACCGCCGUCAUCACAUAGCGCCUUCUGGGGGUAUCCCCUCACCGAUUCGGACAGCAACAUCAUGUUUCCGCUAGAAGUACGGACAGCAAGGCUCGAGCAGCAGGACGUAUUCGGCAAUAAGGUGUGA